AUGGAGUCCGGGGAGCUGGAAUUGCCACCUCCACCGCCGAGCUAUCUGAAGCGCCCAGAGAGGUACUGCUACGAUGAAGCUCUGGGACGACCGCGAGUCUGGGGCAGAGUCUUCGCCAUCCCAGUUCUCUCUCACCACAUCGAACGUUUCCUGAAGGAGAAGUGUCCUCAAUAUUAUUGCACCGGGCCACAGGCAGGCGUCGUGUUCCGGGAUGCCUUUCGACCCUUUGUUCCUCCUGAAGUCAAACGACUCGCAUUCCUCGUCGUUCCUUUCCCCUUCAAACGCCCCAACAAGAAAGUUAAGGUCGACCUCGUGACUGUUUUGGGUGUCGUUAUUGCGACCAACUUGACCGACGAGGAUAUGGUGAACGCGGACAACCAGGAGCUGAUUAAGAAGACGCAGGAAGGGCUGGGUGUGACGACGCCCCCUGCUUGGUACUUCUUCGAAAAUCCUUAAUUUUGUUCAUAACACUCUCGUUUCAUCACGCUGUCGUUUCGCUUUCGAUACCCGGUCGCUUUCCUCGUUCAUUGCUGUCUCACUGUCGUAGUUGUCAAUCCAAGUCUAUAUGAAACAUGUACGUCUAUAGUCUAUGCGUUUUAUUGUUGUC